GGCCGCGCCGCGACGGACCGACGGCUCGGCUGGGACCGGCUGGGAGCGCUGGGAGCGCUUGGGAGCGGCUCGGCUCGGCCCGGCUCGGCCCCGGCCCUGCGCGGGAGGGCGGGAGGAGGGGGCGCGCUCCCCCCGAGCGGCGGCCCCGGGCCGCAGCCCCCCGUUGCGGUCGGAGAGGCGUGCAGCACCGGGCCCUGCGAUGCCGUUUGGCUGCGUGACACUGGGAGACAAGAAAGAUUAUAACCAGCCGUCCGAGGUGACUGACAGAUAUGACCUGGGCCAGGUCAUCAAAACGGAAGAGUUCUGUGAAAUCUUCCGGGCUAAGGAGAAGACGACGGGGAAGCUCUACACCUGCAAGAAGUUUCUGAAGCGGGACGGGCGUAAAGUGCGGAAGGCGGCCAAAAACGAAAUCAUCAUCCUCAAAAUGGUAAAGCACCCCAACAUCCUACAACUAGUGGACGUCUACAUCACCCGCAAGGAGUAUUUCAUCUUCCUGGAGCUGGCCACUGGCCGGGAGGUCUUUGACUGGAUCCUGGAUCAGGGCUACUACUCCGAGAAGGACACCAGCAAUGUCAUCCGGCAGGUGCUGGAGGCUGUUGCCUACCUGCACUCGCUCAAGAUCGUCCACAGGAACCUCAAGCUGGAGAACCUGGUGUACUAUAACCGCCUGAAGAACUCCAAGAUCGUCAUCAGCGACUUCCACCUGGCCAAGCUGGAGAACGGGCUCAUCAAGGAACCCUGCGGCACCCCUGAAUAUCUGGCUCCGGAGGUGGUGGGGCGGCAGCGGUACGGGCGGCCGGUGGACUGCUGGGCUAUUGGCGUCAUCAUGUACAUCCUCCUCUCUGGGAACCCCCCUUUCUACGAGGAGGCAGACGAGGAUGACUACGAGAACCACGACAAGAACCUCUUCCGCAAAAUCCUGGCUGGAGACUACGAGUUCGAUCCUCCAUACUGGGAUGACAUCUCGCAGGCAGCCAAGGAGCUGGUGACGCGCCUGAUGGAGGUGGAGCAGGACCAGCGGAUCACAGCGGAGGAGGCCAUCUCCCACGAGUGGAUCUCCGGGAAUGCCGCCUCCGACAAGAACAUCAAGGAUGGAGUCUGUGCUCAGAUUGAGAAGAACUUUGCCCGGGCCAAGUGGAAGAAAGCCGUGCGAGUGACCACGCUCAUGAAACGCCUGCGGGCGCCCGAGCAGACGGAGACGGCGACGGCCGCGGCACCGGCAGCGGCCUCGGCAGCAGCCCCGGCCGCCACCCCGGCCCCUGCCGCCGCCGCCACCAGCCCGGCCCCCGCCGCCGCCGCCACGGACCCUGCCGCCGCUGCCGCGGAGGCCACGACCCCGGCCCCCGCCGCUGCCACGGAGCCCACAACCCCGGCCCCCGCCGCUGCCACUGAGCCCACGACCCCGGCCCCCGCCACUGCCACGGCUCCGGCCCCCACCACGGAGCCCGCAGCCCCCGGCGCCGCCACGGAGCCCGCGGCCCCCGCAGCCCCCGGCACGCCGCCCGCCGCCGCGCAGCCCCCGGCCCCCGGCACGCCGCCCCCUGCCACGAGUAACGGGGCCGGGGCGGCCGCCGAGCCCUCCAGCGAGCAGAGCGGCUGA